AUGCCGAGUGGAACGGCGGCGAUCGCCAUCUCGUCCUUUAACGGGUCCACAAGACCCGACCCGAUCGAUUCAGCCCAAACGGGCGACGACCCGAAUCCAAAACAGAAAAAGGGGACUGGCCUCAAACUCUACCAAAUCAAGGCACAGAAGAUUUUGGAUGAUCUUGUUGAGAAGAAUCUUGAGCUUGUAAGAAAUACUGAUCGCAAUCUCCAGGAUAGCAAUCCUGAAGCAGAUGAAGGUGUCAUCCGACUAUUCAGCAAAGCACCACGUGGCAUAAAUUUAGAUCCUAUUGAUCCAUAUUCAGUGCCACUUAAAAGACCAAGGAUUGUACCGGGAGAGGAGAUUGACGAGAAGUCAAAGAAGUUCAGACAUCAACUACGAGCUGUUGCUGUUGAUGGUGUUGAUAUAAUGACCACAGCUAGACAUGCAUGCCAGAGAGCACUUGCUCGUUUGGAAGCUAAAGAUGCUGCUGCAAAGGCAAAGGCCAUGAGUGAAGAAAAAAGAGUUGCAGAACUGAAGAAGAUGAGGGGAGAGAAAUGGCUUCCUUCAAUUGCGAGAGACAUGCAGGGGCAAACCUGAACACAGGAUGCUGAGUAGAGAAACUUGGGACAUGGUAAAUCAUUAAUAAGAAGGGAUACAACUCUCUCAUCAUCAUCUACAUGGGUUUGUUGUUGGCAAUGGUUGAAGGUCUGGGGAUUUGCGCGUUGACGAUCUGGGCUCUGCAGGAGAGGAGGUUCGCUACGAUGUUAGACACUGCGACCUCCGCUGCUCGAUCGGUUGUUUUUUCAAUCAUGUUUUGUGUCCUUGUGGUUAGUAGAUGAUAGACUGUUAGAUUGAAGUUUCCCCCCUUUCCUUUUUUUUGUACUGUAUGAAUUCAAGUUCUGUGGAAAUCAAAUGGAACUUGUGCUUUCUGGGAA